AUGGAGGCACUUGGAAACCACGCCAUCGCCGGAGAGUCGACCCACUGGACACCAGGCUGGGCACCAGGCUGGACGGACACCUCGUUCCACCAAUCAGACGACACCUGGACCGCCUUUCCUCAGGAUUCGUCAGAUGAAGGUCGAGAUGUGCUGGGACAGUGGUGGCCGACCAGCGCCAUUGAGAAGAGCAAAGAGAGCCUCCCAGCCAAUCACAAUCUGGCGUCUGUCUUUGCUGAAGCCUUCCCUUCGCUGCCUCGUUCGUCCUCAAGUGACCCCUCUGACCUCCAUACUGUCCCCACACUGACCCAGCUCCUCAGGGGCAGAGCCAGCCAGGACCAGGGGCUGCUGGACAGUUUCCACGACUUGAACAAAAUGAUCUGCCAGAGAUACAAGAGAGGGAACGGCGUGUCUCGUGACCUGCUGCUGAGGACUUUACGCCUGGAUCAGCCGUCCGCUGAAAGCAAACUGGCACCCUGGUCAGCCAAUCGCCGCCUCUCCCCCGGCCUCCCCUCGGCCAAUCAGCAUGCUCAGAAUGCUGCCGCUAAGCGCCGGCUGUCCUACGACUACAACAGAUACGUCAUGGAGUAA